AUGCCCAAGAAGAGGGUUAGCACAGAUGGAGCAGCGAAGGCAGAGCCCAAAUGCUGGUCGACGAGGCUGUUGGGCCAAGCCCACCCCUGCCAAGGCAGAUGUGAAAUCCAAAAAAAGGCCAUGGGAAAGGAUAAAGCAUCAGACAAAAAUGUGCCGAUAAAAGGGAAGCAGGGAGCAAAGGGCAAGCAGGCUGACGUGUCUGACCAGCAACCUACAGAUCUGCCUGCAGAAAUUGGAGACAGAAAACCAGAGUCCAGUCUCUGA